UGAUGGAGGUUCAAAGGCAUGCAGAAAAAGAAAGAAGCACAAUCGUGAAAGAAGUUUUUGAUAAGUUUAAAAAGGAGGAGCGAUCUGCUUUUGUGGAUGCAGUUUUUGUAAAAGUGAAGGAAUAUUUCGAUGAGAAGUUUGAACAGUUGUUUAAGAUUGUCAACAAAUCAAAUGGAAUGGACGAUGGCAAUUUUGAUUUGAGUAACCAUCGAGAAUAUGAUAGGGGGAACGACUGUUACGAACAUCCAUCGGAUAUUAAUGUUGUUGAUGAUGCAUUAGAUAAAGUCGCAGAUGUAAAUGCUACACGUGAGGAAACAACUUUUGUAGGCGAUCAACAUGUUCAAGAACAAUUUGAAGAGGAACGUCCCAGUGCUGAUAGAUUGAGCAGAGAUGGAAAUGAUGAAGCACAGUUAUCAACUGAGAAUAUUGGAAGCAAGCAAGGUGCAUAUAAUCAAGUUGUUGAGACUGAAGAACAUAAUGCUCAUGAUGCAUUGUGUAAAGUCGCAGAUGAUAAUGCUACACAUAAGAAAGCGGCUGUUAAAGGCGAUGAACAUGCUCAACAACAAGGUGGAGAGGAACAAUCCAAUGUUUGUAGACAGAGUAAAGAUGGAAAUGAUGAAGAGUUAACAACUGAGAAAGGAUCAGAUGAUCAAGUUGUUGGCACUGAAAAACAUGCACCGAGUUGUCCUUUGGUAAGUGAUAUUGAAAAAGGCAAUUUGUUUGGCGAUGGAGAUCAAGCACAUGCUGUACUUUAGAACUGAAAGCGAGUGAUGUGUCUAGCACUAUUGGGAAAGACGAUCAGUAUGCAGUAUUACUAGCUAUUUGCAAAGAACUUCUAGGUGGUGAUACACAGGAAAUUGUUA